AUGCGCAAAGUUGGCAACGUUACUUCGAACCAGAUUUACAAUCCCGAGGGUCGAAAAGCACCGGUACCGAUUGACGCGGACGAGGCGGACUCUGCCAUGGAACGUUUUAUUCGCCAGAAGUACAUUCAUAAUGUCGCCGCCAAGUCUAGCAUGCCGCAAAGCCGGGGAUCCGACGAAGGUACACCCCCGCCGCUACCGCCCAAGAACUCAACAAAAUUCGGAUUCAGAUCAGCUUCGUCUAUUUUCCCCUUAACAUCUCGCGCAAAGAAGGACCAGCGAGCUAUAAGCAGUUCGAGUGGUAGCGCAGUGCCGUCCCCGACAUUGCCAAAUAAACCUUCUAGGCUUUUUGGGGCCACGGUCGAUUAUGUCGGGCCGGAUGAAACUGACAAGAAACUGACAAGACUUUAUGAAAUGGGGUUCCAGGAUCCUCAGCGCAACGCCAUUGUUCUCAAGGGUGUCAACGGUCAUCUGGACCAGGCGGUUGAGGCUUUGGUCCGACUAGGAGAAGGCAGAAAUCAAUCUCCAGCACCUAUGCCAGUGUCUCGAGAACCUACAUUGCGUGCCACAAAGUCCAUGACUCCAUUGAAUUCCCACUCAGGUUCAGCUGGGGUCGGGCUGAGCUUAAGCGUUCCACAGAAACCGAUGCUUGAUAGGCCAACAACGUCAUCCACCACAUCUACGAAUCCCUUUGAUACGAUACCGCCUGCACAACCUCAAACCGCCCAGUCUACAGGGACGCUGCAUAAUAGAAACUCAUACAAUGGCACGAACAAUCCUUUCGGAGCUCCCUCGCAGCCAGUCGAACUCAGUCAGGCGUUUCAGGGUCUACAUGUGUCAACGUCCACAUCUCAUCCGACAUUCUUUUCCCAGACUAAUGGAGUACAUCAAUUACAAACGCCACAGCAGCAGCAGCAACUGUACCAGCAGUACAUGUCGCCGUCUGCUCCCGCCAGCCCUCAAAGUUAUCAAACCGUGACUUUCCAGAGCAGCAUGACAUAUCCGCAGCCGAUUUCUUCCCUCCAACAACCCAUGCAGACCGGCUACAACCCGUUCUUCUCCCAACCGUCGAGUCCAGCCCCACCGCCACAAAAUUUGACCGUGAAAACGGCACGAGGGUUUGCCAACAAUCCGUUCUUGCGAUCCCCUACGAGAAUAGCAUCUCCGCCUCUUAUACAGAUACCGGAACAAGCCCAAUCCAAUUUUGCCGAGUCGCCGUUCCUGAGUGCAUCACCCCAACCGCUUCCGACAUCAUCGAACCCUUUCUUUACCACCAUGCAUCAACCGCAGCCGCAAGUACAGCAGUUUGUCCAACAAUCGUAUGCCGUUCAGCAAACCCAACAGUCGUACUACCAGAAACCCCGACAUGACAAGGCUUCGAUAAUGGCGCUAUUUAAUCAACCUGGACAAUACACUCCCAAGCCUGCAGCCGUGGAGCCGAAUGUGAAUACUACAACUCCAAGUAUACCAGAAAAUCAGGCUAUCUACACUCAAUCUACCCAGCCACUGCCCACAGCAAACCAGCAACCACGCAGUCCGUCACAGCCAAUAACUGGGAAUACAAAUGCGUAUAUGAACCAAACCACGACCCAGCCGGAUCCUUUCGCAUCAAAUAAGCAUAUUAGCAGAGACAGUAUGAACCUUGGCCUUGAUAUGGCUUGGACCAAUGGAAGACACAGCCCAGAUGCAUUCGCGAGUCUGAGCGCAAGGCAUGUGUAA